ACGCUCACAGAUCAGUACCACUGCAGCUGUUAAACAGUUAGUGACACUUGUUAGUCUGAAAUAUAUAAAUACAUAAAGAACCGUUCAACUUACGACUUGUUUACGUGAAGUUUUCCGUGUAGUUAAUCAAAAAGAAAAUAUACUAAUUUUUUUUUUGAGUGAAAUAUGCAUAUGAACGAUCCUGCAUCAGCUUUGGCCGGUAUGCUUCCCUUCGAUUCGAUGGGUCUCUACGAGCAACCCAAACCCAGGUUCAUCUUCAAGAUGCCUAGGGUUGUGCCCGAUCAAAAGGCCAAGUUCGAAUCCGACGAACUCUUCAGGAGAUUGAGCAGAGAGAGCGAGGUUCGUUUCACUGGAUACAGAGAUAGACCUCAAGAGGAAAGACAAGUGCGUUUCCAGAAUGCUUGCCGCGAAGGACACACGGAAAUCGCGUUCGCAGCGACAGGAACGAACCUUCAAUUAGUUUUCAACCCACCUACGAAUGGAUACAUGCCUGAAAGGGAAUGCGAUUUCGAGAAAGAAGCUGGAAAGGUGCACAUAAAGUCCUCGUUCAUAAUGAACGGUGUUUGCGUGAAAUGGAGAGGUUGGAUCGAUCUGGAAAGGCUCGACGGUGUCGGCUGCUUGGAAUACUGCGAGGAACGCGCCGCCGCUGAAGACGCUAUACUCCGUGAGCAGAUCGAGAGGUACAACCAGAGGCUGCGCGAGUUCGAGGACAAGCAGCGAGGAUACAGACAGGAAAGGCCCGAUCAGGAUUUGGAUUUGCGAAUGACCAACAACAUCCACGGUCACCAUGGACACCACGGGGCGGCACCCAUCUCUCGUUGCCAUGGACCCCAGAGACACGGACUCACUUUGCAAGUAGGCAUACCGCUCACACCACCCUAAAAAGAAAACAAUUCCAGCCAAAACAAAAAAUAGAAAUUAUUAUUAUAUAUAUUAUUAUUAUUUUUAACGAAAAAGCAACAUCAAGAACGAAAAAGAAAAUAUCGAAGGAAACACUAGUGCAAUGUGCCAGAUUAUAUGUAUAUUACUGUAAUUAUUAUUAUUGAUAGUUUUGUUUUUCUUUUAAGUAUAGAAGGAACCAAAGAGAUGUGAAUUAAUCCGUUAAUUCAAUCGUUUAUGGAUCUGUUUGUCCGUUUUUUUUUUAUUAUUAUAUAUGUUUCUCUCUUUCUUUUUUGUUUUGUUACGAUGUGUGCUUUUGUUGAAAAGCGCAACUAAUGUUUGUCCCAGCCGAGUAUGCAAAUGCGGUACAAAAAAAAAUAGGGCACCCUUUCCUAUUGUACUUCUUCAUUUAUUAAGUACACGGCCGAGAAUGACACGGUUGUUUCUAGUUUUGACCCCUUUACGCUCAUGAUGAAUGGCCGAAACCUAUUUGUAUAUAAUUCAGUUUAUAAUUAUAUAACGCUUAGGUAAUUACUACUAUGACUAUUAUUACUUUAUA